AUGCUGAGCCUUGAAAUACCCACCCCUGAGAGUGACGUGCGCGGCGCCGCCCUAGCGAUCAAGAGCGGCAAGCUCGAGACGCUGGCGCGGGACGCGAACCGGCGCCACGGCAUGGGCGGCUUCUUCGCGGCGCGCGACGCGAGCGACGUCUACUCGGCCGCCGAGCACAUCACGGGCCCCGUGGCCGGCCCGCUGCUGGAGCAUGCGGGGCUCCUCACCAGCGGCGGGGGUGGCCAGGAGCGGCUGAGCGCCGAGAUCAAGCGGUCCACGGCGGUGCUCGAUCUGGCAUGCGGCACCGGCGUGGCCACGGCGACGUUGCACGACGCCAUGGAGCGCUCCGGCCAGCGGGCCCGCGACCUGGUCAGCAUCACCUGCGCCGACAUCUCGGAGCCGCAGGUCAACUGGGUGCGCCGCCGGAUCAAGCAGAUGGGGUGGCGCAACAUCGAGGCGGCCGUCACCGAUGCCAGUAACUGCUCCCUCUCGUCGGACACGUUUGACCAUGUCAUCAUCGCCAUGGCUCUAAUGCUGAUCCCGGAUCCGCACAGCACCAUCAAGGAAUGCAUGCGCAUGCUCAAACCCGGCGGCAGGCUCUCCAUCUCGACGUGGAAGGUCGAGGGCUGGGUCCCGGACACUCGCGACGCCAUCGCGGCCGCGGACCUGCCCGGAAACCCGGGCUGGCCGCAGGACUCGGACGAGCUGGUGGCGGCCUGGGCGCUGGGGCCGUGGCACCGCGAGGGGUUCGCGAGGCGGACGCUCGAGGCGGCCGGGUUCGAGGACGUGAGGGUCGAGGCGGUAACGCGCCACGUCGUCAUCGAGAACGCGGUCCACUUCUGCCAUGUCUGGCGCGCCUUCGUCGCCGUCGUCACGCAGGCCUACUGGACCGACCGCCAGCGCGACGAGUGCCUGCCGCUCGUCGAGCCGGCCUUCCGCCGCUUCCUGGAUGCCAAGUACGGCGAGGGCAUGCCCUUCACCGUCGAGCGCACCGCCAUCAUGGCUUCGGGCCGCAAGCCUCUGAACUGA